AACAUUCAAGUAUUCAUUAAGCCAGUCGAUUGAAUUUCGACGAUUUUGCGUAUUUCCUGCUUGAUUUCGCUGUUGGAAACAAAGAUAAGUGUUUUAAUUAUUUGUUUAAAGUCUGGCAAACAAGUCUGAAACGUGGGAAAUGCCAGAUGGAAUCUAUUCAUGAACCUGACAAGAACAAACAUCGAUUCCAAAACGAAAAGUACGGAAUUUUUAUUUGAAAUGUGAACCGAGGAAGUCAUGGCCUUUAGACCUUUCCAAGGGURCUCUUUUGAUACUCCUCUUUACCCACAACGAAGGAGUAKAAAGAAGAAUUCUCGUUAAACGUAUAUUCAUCUUAAAUUGGUCUUCGCUUAUCAWUUGGUUUCAAGGUAACAAUGAAAGGGCUGUCAGAUAUAGAAAUAACGAUUUGGUUCGUUGCUUUCGUCGCUGAAGGCGUUGUCAUUAUCUGUUGCAACAUCAUGGCGAUUAUCAUCUUCGCAAGAAAGACUCAUCAGUCAAGAUCAUGCCUUUUACUAGUAAAUCAGUCAAUCGCUGACUUAUUAGUUGGCGGACAGGUCCUCUAUUAUAGCCUUCAGUACGUUUCAAUAAGCCCUCCCMAUUUACCAAAUCAAGAUAAUGGCUGCCGGUCUGUAAACGACACGAUUAAGAUGGUAACUUGGAAUUACUCCAUCGAUGUUUCGCUGUCAUCACUUAUUCUGAUAUCCUUAGAGCGGGCUUUGGCCGUCUUCAGACCAUUUCGCCACCGAGUUCUGAGGACAAGAUCAUAUCAUUGUGCUAUUCUCCUGUUGUGGCUCCUGUGUUCCUUGACAAGUAUUGCUAUCAUAAUCGUUCGAUGUGAAAGUUUUCGGGGUAUUUUAGAAUUUGUCGUUCCUCUGACAUCUCUUCUGAGCUCUCUUAUAAUAAUCCUUGUUGCCUACUCCAGUAUCUACAUCAAAGUCAGGUUUUUUCCCAAUGUACAAAUGAACUGCCAAAGUCAGAGACAGAUUAAACUUUGCAGAACGCUUUUCUAUGCMUCCGCAGCAUCGAUGAUCACCGUUCUUCCUUCCUCWAUUGAGAAAACCUUUUUCAAAGCACAAAGUGAGRACACCAGASAGAAGAUUCCAAACUUGARYGAAUUUACAAUGUGGCUUCUGUUUUCAAAUUCUUUUGUGAACUUUUUUAUUUAUUACUGGMGAUUUCCUGAAUUUAAUGGUGAUCUGAGAAAAUUGUUCCGUUGCAAGAGACCAAUUGUAAACGAAGUGAGCGCCGUUGAGAUGGAAUGUAGAGAACCAAAGUCAAAMGGCGAGCAGUGACGAUAAAAAUAAUAAAUAACUUUAUUUAACGUCUCAUCGCUCUAGCCAGCAGGGUUCGUGCGGCUUUUGGAAAGUUUUGGAAAUCAAAUUUCCUUUUUCCAGGAGCUGGAARGUUUUGGAAAACAUUGGGCUAUGGAAAAGUUUCGGAUUUUUUCUAAACAUCCCACCUUGAAAGAAAGGUUUCUCUUGUCCUGUUAAUUCGAUAAAAAAUGCCGAUUUUUCGUUCAAUAAAUUCAUCUUUUUUCCUAAACUUAAAAAGCCGUAGAAUUACCUUUGAGAGCACAUUUUAUGCCAAUCCAGCUGAUUAAGUGAACAGCGGUGUUUAACUAUUCAUCCAUCCUUGCUCCCCAAUAAAUACCUAUUGAUUAUUAGUGAAGUUUGAGUGCGUAUUCAGGAAUAUUCAUACAAAUUCCUUUAUUGGGACCAUAUUAUACCUCUUAGCAUUAUAUGAGACCUUGCUUUCAUUAUUUAUAACAUCCUGUCUUCAUAAAAAAACAUAGAUAUUAAAACUUUACAUUAUACUUUAAUAACUGAACUUGCAGACAGCAGCACCAAUUAAAUUUAAGUGAACCUGAAAUGAAAAGGUCUUAUGAUUGUGAUGACAGUUGAUUUUAUGGUUAACGGAAGUUGAAAAAAAAAGAGUUAUUAAUAUUAUUCUGUCGAGAAUAAUUCUCUACUCACCACAUCCYCACACAGCUAAAAAGCUACGUGGAAUACUUUUGUCUUCAUCCGCCGUUUCUGUGGCGACAAUCAGACCCCGUGUAAUUGUUCACAUUUAUUACAAUGAGCUGAGACCAGAUGUUGAUCCAAUCGACAAAAACCUGAUGUAAUGGGUAGAGCUAUCGUUUCUCGAUCCUUUUAUUAACUUUGUUUAUGUACGAAAGUUUCCAUGUUGAGCUAAAAACGGCGGUGUUCCGCUGCAUGUAGAAAGCGAAUUGGUAGUGAGGUUUAAGGGAUCGAGACGGCAGGGAAUGAUUUUUUUAAUGUUGCUGAUCAACUGAUCCUAAAUAUAUACUUUCUCACAAAUGGUUUCUCUAUCAAUCAAAAAUAUUGAUUUCCCAUAUCUUUCAUAUAUAUAAAUAUAGCUAUUGUCAUAUAAAUAGCCAGAAUUUUCCGCCUUUUGGUACCAGAGGUAAUUUCACUAUCAAGCUAACGAGAGAAAAAAAGAGAAAACAGCAUUAGUAUACUGUGAAGUCUGCUCUUCAAAAAAGCCGACAAYUUUGCUGUCGUUGUUAUUUAUUUGUUUUUACAAGUUUGAAGGUGAGUUAUCAUAUAUAUAUAUAAACACAAUUAAGAAAAUAUUGCUGGCCGCCGAGAUCGAUAUCACGUAUCAGUUUAUACACUGCAACAUAACAUUGAUUAAAGAGAUAUAAAACAAUAUAACGCAUAAUGUUUAUUUACCACCAAAAAUGACCAAUCUUUGGCGGAUUCAAGAUCAAAGGACAUACAAAUCUAACCCGAUUCUAGAGCGAAACAAAAAAAUGUUUGAUCCUUGAACAACAAACUUUGCAUGUUUUGGUAAUUCCGGCAUAUUUAGGAAAAUUUUGUUGGGCGGACCAAUAUUUUUAGAUAAUUAAACMACUUCGUCCAAAGUUUGACGCAAAAUCCAACAACAUCUAUCAUCAUCCAWCAUCGCGGUGACAGCAAAACGGGGACUCCACUAGAAAUUUUGGUUUGCUUUUCUAUUGAACUGCAAUAAAGCUUUGUGUCCAAAGCCGAGCAAAUAUUGGUUUAAACAAGAUAGUAGAACAUUGAAAAAAUAAUAAUCAAAAGAAUGCAGCUGCUUUCAGAAACGAUAUCUUACAUCUAAAGUUAAUGAAGCAUGAAGCCAAAGGGCAUAAAAACGUAACAAUGUGAUGAUUUCUGCUUAAACAAAGUUGUGAUCGAAAGGCUUAAUGAAUCCUUUCUMGAAGGAUSUAACUUCUUUUAUCCUUCACUAACAACGUGCCACUAUUGUGUAGUUCUAUGCGAAGAGACUGUGGGUGUAUACUGCGCCAUGGAAUAAUCAGUCUUUCAUCGUAUUCUAGAAACUGUGUUUGAUUUUAUUGAUGUAUUGUAAAUGAAGUAGACAGGUGAUCAGAGAAUGAAUUCAUUUUUAGUGGAAUAGAAAGCCGACUGAAGCCUGAAGACUAAGCUGAAUUUGUCCAUUGGCAUUGCUAAACACUUAAGAUCUAACUUUCUAAAGUGGAAAUACUCGUCUCUUAGCACAAGGACCUCUUUCCGCUGUAAGGCAAAUUACUAAUACAGUUUUCGUGUGGUCACAAGGAAACUAAGAGCACUCUUUACCUCGAAUAUCCAAUAUAGUUCAAAUACWCUUCAAAAGCUCGACCUACGUCAUGGAAGUUUUCCAUGCAAUUUUCUCUGUAUUCGCAUAAGGACUUUAAGAACAUCUUUCCACCUGAAAUUUCGAAUACUCUUAAUUUUGGGUCUAGAAGAAGAAGUUUUGG